AUGAUAGAAAAGCAGGGUGAAGCAAUAGGGGAGCUGUCACAACAACUGCAACAGCAACAACAACGGAACUUGCACGACGUUCAACCACCAGACCAGCCUACCUCCCCCAAAGUCUCAAAAGGACCGCAGAGGAAACAGAGGAAACAGACGUUUGCUGAAGCUGCUCAGAAAAAGGACACACUGCCGUGGCAGGGCCAACCACAGGACGAGCCAUCAUGCAGCAGCCAUGCCCCAAACGGAAACCCUCCAGCCAGCGAGUGGAAAACGGUGAGAAACGGUGAGAGCAAGAGGAAUCCUCGCCAAGCCCAACAGCAACAGCAACGGGAAGAGCCACGAGCAAAGACCAAGAAUAAGAGGAAAGAGGCUGCCAGACUGGUGAAGAGCAGGACCCCAAAGACCGAGGCUAUAAUGAUAGACCAACUGGCCGAGGGAGAAACCUACGCCUCUGUAAUGAAAAAAGUUACUGCCAUCGACCUUAACCCACUCGGUGUCACGGUGAGAGGUGCCAAACGCUCAAAGGCAGGCGGCAUCAUUAUUGAAGUAGACGGAAAGGAUGACGCCGACAGGCUUGCAGAAGGGAUAAGGGAGGCCGUUGGAGCAGCAGCAGCUGUUAGGAGACCGACUAGAAGCACCCCAAUUCUUAUCCUGGACGUGCCAAACUGGAUAGAGGAGGCGGAAGUGAUUUCGCAGCUGGUAAACUUUGACAGCAGUUUCGGGGACUGUCAAAUCAGAAUAUCUGAUAACCAAGGAAGCCGAACAGCCUUUUGUAGAAUACCGAUGAAGGUAGCCUCAAAAGUGGCAGACGCUGGUAGAAUCCGCAUAGGCUGGGCGAUGUGCAGAGCCAAACUGUUGGAGAGGAAGGACAGGGUGUGCUAUAAAUGCCAAGGGACAGGGCACGUAGCCGCGGCUUGCAACUCAGAGGCGAAACCGAAAGCGUGCUUCACGUGUAAAUCUCUGGAACACCUGGCUCGAGAAUGUGUUGCUCCACCAAGGGAGAAAACCAAACCGACGCAAAGCAGGACCCCGCCUCUACAAUGCGAGGAGCCUGAGAGGAACCCUCCUCCAAAUGAUUAA